AUGGCACCACGUGCAACACCAUCAUCAUCAUCAUCACCACCACCACCACCACCACCACCUCCGCCAUGGCCAGGCAGGUCUGCACAACUCGAGUCGAACCUUGACGCGCCAUUGCCAAGGCCCGUCUUACAUGUGUACACAGCACAUCCACGGCGAGGCACUUCUAGCGGCCCUGCAUGCACAACGAAUCGCCAGUCUGCCGCUCUCGCUCUCGGCCCAAGCGCUGAUCCCCGUUUACAAAAAGCCCAUCAACCAACCCUGGCCAUCAAAUUGGCUGCUCUCGACACCUGGCAAAUGCAGCCAAUGCAGCCGAACAGCACGACGAGGCUACUUGGUGCCGCCGCGAACUCAUCUUCACUUCUGCCUCCCACGAACGGCCCCUCUGACACUGACAUGCACAUGGACCCCCCGCCCUGCCUGCCCGCCUGUCGUCAAGUCACGUCAACCCACGCACCGGCAAACGGCACGCCACCAUUGGCCCUCCAACGCCCAAAAGCCGCCAAAUUUGCCCAUCGUACUUGA